AUGGGUUGGGCUAAUUUGUCUGAAAGAAUCAACAACGCUGUCGCUGGCUCAAGAGUCGGUCGAUUCUUUCAGCUAGAAGGCUCGGGUGCUUAUCGUGAACGAGAAGGCACCCGAUUCUUGACCGAGAUUCGUGCAGGUCUCACAACAUUUUUCGCCAUGGCCUACAUUAUUUCGGUCAAUGCUAGUAUCAUUAGUGAUAGCGGUGGUCCUUGUGUUUGCGAACCUACAGCCGAUGAUCCCGUUUGUGACAACAAUGCUGAAUACAUGAGUUGUGUCUUCCAAGUCAAGCUCGAUAUGAUUAUUGCUACUGCCAUUAUCUCUAUGAUUUCAUCCUUUUUGAUUGGUGUCAUGGCUAAUUUGCCACUUGGUAUCGCCCCUGGUAUGGGCUUGAAUGCUUACUUCACCUACAAUGUUGUCGGUUACCAUGGCAGUGGCAGCAUUGCAUACGAGACCGCUGUGGCAGCUGUGCUCAUUGAAGGAAUCAUUUUCUUGAUCUUUUCGAUUUUUGGUAUCCGACAGUGGCUGGCCCGCAUUAUUCCAAUGAGUAUCAAGGUGGCCAUGGGCUGUGGCAUUGGCUUGUACCUAUGCUUUAUUGGUCUUCAAUCAUCCGCUGGUAUUGGUCUUGUUGGUCCCGACCCAUCAACACUCGUUGCUUUAGCUGCUUGCCCUGCCGAAUACAAGGAUGAAGCUGGCACAUGUACAGGACACACCAUGGAGAAUCCUACUACAUGGAUGGGCAUCCUUGGCCUUGUCAUUAUGGUGAUCUUAACAAUGUACCGUGUGCGUGGUGCCAUUUUGAUCGGUAUCAUUUUCAUCUCCAUCACUGCUUGGCCUCGCGUCAAUACCGUCACCUACUUUCCUUACACCGAGGCCGGCGACCAAAUGUUUGACUACUUUAGAAAGGUGGUUACCAUCCACCCUAUUGACCAUGUCCUUGCCCGAUUCCAUUUCGACCUCUCGUCACGUGAGAUUUGGAUUGCCCUUAUUACUCUUAUUUACGUCGACAUCCUUGACACCACCGGUACAAUGUAUUCGAUGGCUCGUUAUGGCGGCUUCACCGACAAGUCUGGUGAUUUUGAGCACUCUGGAAGUGCUUUCAUUGCUGAUGCCUUUUCUGUUAUUAUUGGUGCCGUGUUUGGUAGCUCACCAUGUACCGCUUAUGUUGAAUCAGGCACUGGUAUCGCUGAAGGAGGCCGCACCGGUAUCACUGCCAUUACUAUCGCUUUUGGUUUCCUUGUCUCCAUUUUCUUCUCUCCAAUCUUUGCUAGUUUCCCUCCAUGGGCUACAGGUCCAGCAUUGAUUGUUGUAGGAUGCAUGAUGACAACUUCGGUUCGCCAUAUCAACUGGGACUAUCCUGGAGAUGCUAUACCCGCCUUCUUGACGAUUGCGGUCAUGAGCUUCACGCAAGUAUCAUUUCCCUAUUAUUUGCAAUGCUAUGGCAUGAUCGGUGGUAUCCUCAGCUACAUUGUCAUCAAUGGUAUCAUUCUAUUCUUGGACUUGAUCUCGUUUGGUCGUAUCCGCCCUGAUUACAGCCUUCGUGAAGACUGGUGGACAGCGGCAUUCAGCCGUUCGUUCGUCCCACAAUGGAUCCGAUAUUUGUAUGGCCGUUUCACUGGCAACCCCAUCCCAUGGCACGAGGAUGAUUUGGAUUUCGGCUCUGACGACGAAAAGGAGCACCCCGACGACGUCGUUGUCAACAAUGGUGGUAGCAUAGCAGAUGCAACUACCGAUAUUGCUUCACUCAAUCAGAGCCAUUAUCGUGAAAAGACAGCAAUGUAUUAA